AUGGACCAAGCAAUCCAGGAUCCUUUCGUUUCCACUCAGAACCCCGUCCCUCCCAGAAACUCGGGCCCGUCGCUGCUCGCCUGUCUGCUAUGUCGACACAAGCACCUCAAGUGUGAUGGGAAAACUCCGGUCUGCGGUCGCUGCGAGACCACGGGGGCAGAAUGUCAAUACACCCCCUCGCGUCGUGGGUACAAGGGCCCUUCGAAGAAGCGCCGCGCCAAUCCAUCAUCCCCCGAACAAGUGGCCGCAGAUCUGUCGGCCCCAUACGAGCCCCAAUAUUUCAAUGUCCCUUCUGACUGGGCCCUUCAAAGUGGCAUGCCCUACAAUUUACCGGCAGCCACCCCUCUGCCGCCGUCCCUUCCCUCCUCGUCGGCCCCCUCCGGGAGUCCCGAUCUGACGGACAAUUCUGGCUCCUCGCAGCCGCUCCGUGUUAAUAGCCCCCUCACCCCAGAGUCGAUCUCCUCCAUUGCUGGCGAUGGCUAUCUUAUCGACAUUUUCUAUACAUAUUUCCAUCCGUCCCACCCGAUUCUGCCUCCCCUCCGUGUCCUGUACUCCUCCCAGGCCCCGCCUCCGUUCUUGGAGCAUGUCAUCAAAUUUAUUGGGACCCACUUUACCCCGGCCGCUUCCAGCGACGUGUACCGGCCAUCGGUGAUGUCGUCGGUUAUGGCGCAAGAAGGAACCAUUGAGAAACUGCAGGCGCUGGUGCUCCUGGCAAUUGUCCUUCAUUCCCGGAAUGAGCGGACUGAAGCGGGCGAAUGCGUCGCGACGGCGGUGAAUCUGGCUUUCGAUUUGGGAUUGCAUACUCGGGGAUUUGCGCCUAUGAUGAGCAAGGGGGACCCGGUGCGUGAAGAAAGCUUAAGGCGUACCUGGUGGGAGCUGUUUAUCAUUGAGGGCAUGUUGACCGCCUUGGGCGUUCAGCAGACAUUCCGUUGCAAUUCAGUCCCGCUCGAGGUCCCUCUGCCGUGCGAAGAGCGCAUCUAUCAGGAUGGGCUGCCGCCACCACCUGCGCCAACCAUUGCGCAGUUCGAUGAGCGUGUCUUCGCCGAUGAGGAGCGAGAUUUCUCCUCUUUCACCUAUCGCAUCGAGGCGGUUCGAAUCCUUGGGCGGGUAGUAGCCACCCAAGAGAUGAUCGAGGGCCAGCAAGACCAGGUCGAGGCCAUUGACGCCCGGAUCACCAGUUGGUUCCACCACCUUCCCGAAUCCAAGGCCGAAUUGAUGCGUCCGGAUGGGACUGUGGAUGAAAUGAUGUUCCAGGCGACAAUGAUUGUGAAUGGCUCUGCCAUUUACCUUCAUUUCCCGCGGUCCGACCUGCUGUCAUCCCCAACCCUGGCGUCGGAAGUCAUUUGUGGCCAUCACGGGCCGCUGAGCCUCCCGGCCUUCUCACAUCACGCCCAUGCCAUGAAGGCGGUGAAAGCAGCCAGCGAGAUCUCCACACUGGCGUCGAUUCGCAUGCCGGUCGUGAAGCACACGCCCUUCUUCAUCUGUGCGCUGGUCCUCAGCUCCAUGGUGCAGCUGGCGGCGUGUUCCGUCAAAGCGGGGCAGAUGCCGGACCCUAGUCGUGAUCGACUUACCCUCACGAUCGGUGUUUUCAAGACUCUGGCCCGGACAUGGGCCAUCUCGCAGACCAUUAUGCGACAAAUCAAGGCGGUGGCGCGUGAUGUGAUGGACCUGGGUCUUCGGCCUGUUGUGGGCGAGAUCGAUCUGAACACCGUCCUCGACAGCAGCCGAUUCUGGCUGACCGAACCGUACCCGAUGGUCAGGUGA